AUGAAAGCCUACUCGAUUGCCUUCGCAGCCUCAGUGAUAGCGUCUGCUAUGGCGAACGACGUCUCUGUCGUCCGUCCAAACGAGUCUUUCUUACCAAAUAACGCGCUUCCCCCGUCGCAUGCCACGUCCGAUGGAGCCUCCAUCGUCCAAUUGUUCCCCAAUCUUGGUCGUUCCACUACAUGGAAUCUUAUCUCGAGGACCAAGUUUGAAGGCGACACUGGCGAACCAGAAGGUAUGGCCCGUAUUGGUGACGACCGAUACUUCAUUUCUGCCGGACAAUGGACCGUCCCGACCACGAAAUAUCCUCAGCCGAUCAACGGCACCGAUCGUACCCCCGGGGCGGGUUUCGCGCAUACUCUCAUCUAUGACGGGCAAGGCAGACUCAUUGCCAAUGCCACUCUGACCAAGCCGGGAGAUAUCGAGUAUCACACUGGUGGUAUUGAUUACGAUGGCCGUUACCUGUGGGCAACUCUGUCUCAGUACCGGCCCAAUUCGACAGCGACUAUCGUACAGAUCGACCCGCUUACGCUCCAGAAGAAGGACAUGUUCCGCACCAAGGAUCAUAAUGGUGGAAUUGUGCACGAUACUAUCACUGACGACCUCGUCACGCUGAACUGGGGCGGCCGCAACGCUACCACCUGGUCUCUUAGAGACUACCCGCAUGGAUUUACGCCAUUGCCUGGAUUCACCGCUCCCAAGUCUUCCGUGCCAGAACCUUCGUUCUUCGUUGAUUAUCAAGACUGCAAGUUUAUUGGUCAUCAUGCCCUUCCCGAUGCCAUGGCCGUCCGUGUCGGUGGUCAAGGGGGCAAGAGACCGAUCAUGUUCUGUGGUGGUGUAGCUACCAUUGGGACAUCAUUCAACCUGGGCGGCAUUGCUCUGGUUGAUCUCGAGACGAUGCUGCCUCUGUGGGAAGUUCCAAUUGCGAUGAAGAGUGAUCUCGGGGUGUCCGUGACACAGAACCCAAUCGAUAUUGCGGUUGUGGAUGGAAAGCUGAGGAUUUACUGUCUUCCUGAUCAGCAUAACUCGACCCUCUAUGUUUACGAGGCGGCUUGA